AUGGCCGCGGUUGCUCUGAUGCUGAGUAGCCAUUACAUGACCCUGCCGUUGCCUUCCGAGCCGGGUUUCUUCACCGGAGGUGGUACUUCUUUGUGGGGUUACAGUAGCAGAACUUCGAGGGCGAGAUCAGUUACCGACGGUGGCUCUUUUCCUUCCGCUGAGGCUCUGCCUUUGUUGAGCAAUGACGUCCCUACAUCCGACCUUUAUCCUCGUUGA